CUCAGGGUUCAGUCAAAAAAAUAAACUAAUCAGAAAGCAACUUGGACAGCAGUAAUUAACUGUGGAGCAUGUAAAAUGUUUAGUAAUAUAGAAAAAAUCGUAUGCCUGAGCACUAAAAAAAGUCAUUUUGUUUUAUUGGACUGAACCCUGAGGGGUACCCCAGUUAAAUUUUCGGUCGAAAAACAAAGUUGCCGAAAGUAUUUAAAAUAUACAUUGUUCGAGUCAGUUUUUUUCGCUGAUUCCAAAUAUGUUAUUAAUUGUGGCUCAAGUUGUAGUUUUUAUGAUAAAAAUCUCAAUUUUCAGAUUUAAGGCCUUAUGCGUCGCACUUUCUUUAUUUUAUUUUUGGCAAAUUCAAGCACUUACUAGUCAAGUCUAAUCAAUUAUACCAUCAAUUUCAGUUAAUUUUACACUCAUUUAGAGCCAAUUCUAUACCCGUUUCAGACCAAUUCCGACCAAUUCGAAACCGAUUCUAAACCAAUUCUAAACCAAUUCUAAACCAAUUCUAAACCAAUUCUAAACUAAUUCCAGAGUAAUUCCAAUUCCAACCAAUUCCGACCAAUUCCGACCAAUUCUAAUCCAAUUCCGACCAGUUCCAACCAAUUCCAACCAAUUCCAGACCAAUUCCAAUUUCAAGUCCAACCAAUGCCGACCAAUUCUAAGAAUUGAAUAGACUCGAAUUGGAAUUGGUGCAUCCCUACACACAAUCGACAAACUGAUGAACCAAAAUAUCGACGAUCUGAUGCAGCAUGACAAAGACGAAACCGAAAACGUAAUUAUACUCAUCGGUUACAUCGUUAUCUUCAUAUUUUAGUUCGUCGAAUUUACCACCGAUUCACCAUGUCGUCAAUUAAAGAUAUUCUUCGACAACAUCAUAUUUACUAUCGGCAUGUAAAAAUCGUCGCCUCAUCAUUAAUUAUUGGCAUAAAAAAUUCGACGCUUCAACAAGAAUUCGAUCAAUAUUUACCUGACGAUUUAUUCGAUCGUGAUCAUUAUCAUCAUAGUCGUCGUCAAUCUCAUCAUCAUCAUUAA